UGAAUAGGAAAACCUAUUUGAGAAUAGUUCUGUGAGAUGAAUUUUACAUUCUUUUUGGGGUUCUGAUUGUAUAUUCAGUGCAUAGCAGUGGAGCGUUUUGCUUCUAUUUUUAGUCAUCUUUAGCAUGUACAUUUGCUACAUUUCUUAACAUUAAGGGAACUUAGCAACUGGGGGACAAGUAGUAGCAUACAGAUUAAAUUAGGUAGCUAUGCGGAAUGAGAGAGAUUCCUACAAUAGUUUUUACCAGCUACUGGUAUCAAAAUAUCAGGGAACUGAGAAACAUGAAGGAGCCACUACUACUUCUGGAAUUUCUGAUCAGGAAAAGGAGUUGUCAAAUAAUGCACUACAGGCUUUUGUGGCUGGAAAUUAUGAAGUUUGUCUACAACACCUUAACACUCUGCAAGAUAUAAACAAAGAUGACUACAAAAUAACUUUGAAUACUGCUGUGACAGAGUUCUGUAAAAGUAACCAGACUACAACGGACAACUUGAGGCAAACACUUAACCAACUGAAGAAUCAGGUUCAUUCAGCUGUUGAAGAAAUGGAUGGAUUAGAUGACGUUGAAAAUAGCAUGCUCUACUACAAUCAAGCUGUUAUUCUGUAUCAUCUGCGUCAGUAUACUGAAGCCAUAUCAGUUGGAGAGAAGCUCUAUCAGUUCAUAGAACCUUUUGAAGAAAAAUUUGCCCAGGCUGUGUGCUUUCUCCUUGUAGAUUUGUAUCUGCUAACUUACCAAGCUGAGAAAGCUUUACAUUUGCUUGCUGUUCUAGAAAAAAUGAUUUCACAGGGCAAUAAUAACAGCAAGAAUGGAAAAAAUGAGACAGGUAACAACACAGCUAAGGAGUCAUCUAAUCAUAGAACUGAAAGUGGAGUUUUAAUAGAAGCUGCAAAAUCUAAGAUACAUCAGUACAAAGUGAGAGCCUAUAUCCAGAUGAAGUCUUUAAAAGCAUGUAAAAGGGAGAUCAAGUCAGUUAUGAAUACUGCUGGAAAUUCUGCUCCUUCACUCUUUCUUAAGAGUAAUUUUGAAUAUCUGAGGGGCAAUUAUCGGAAAGCAGUAAAACUGUUAAACAGUGCAAACAUUGCUGAGCAUCCAGGAUUCAUGAAAACAGGCGAGUGCUUAAGGUGCAUGUUCUGGAACAAUCUUGGCUGCAUCCAUUUUGCAAUGGGAAAGCACAACUUAGGAAUUUUCUACUUUAAAAAGGCCCUGCAGGAAAACGAUAAUGCAUGUGCACAACUAGGAAUGGGUAGCACAGAUCCAGGCAAGAAAUUUUCAGGGAGACCUAUGUGUACACUGCUGACUAACAAACGGUAUGAGCUGCUGUAUAAUUGUGGAAUUCAACUUUUACAUAUUGGGAGGCCCUUAGCUGCUUUUGAAUGCCUGAUAGAAGCUGUCCAAGUUUAUCACUCAAACCCACGCCUUUGGCUGAGACUAGCAGAAUGCUGCAUUGCUGCCAAUAAGGGGACAUCAGAGCAAGAAACAAAGGGUCUUCCAAGCAAAAAGGGAAUUGUGCAAUCCAUAGUAGGUCAAGGCUAUCACCGUAAAAUAGUCCUAGCAUCCCAGUCCAUACAGAAUGUUGUUUAUAAUGAUGGCCAGUCCUCGGCUAUCCCUGUAGCCAGCAUGGAGUUUGCAGCAAUUUGUCUGAGAAAUGCCUUGCUGUUGCUGCCCGAAGAUCAGCAGGAGUCAAAGCAGGAAAAUGGAUCUAAAACUAGUAACCAGUUGGGGGGAAAUGCAGAGAACAGUGAAAACAGUGAAGCAUGCAGCACUAAAAGUCAUGAAGGAGAUAAAUUCAUUCCAGCUCCACCUUCUUCACCUCUGAGGAAACAGGAGUUAGAAAAUUUGAGGUGCUCAAUACUUGCCUGCAGUGCUUAUGUUGCUCUUGCUUUGGGUGAUAACCUUAUGGCUUUGAAUCAUGCAGAUAAGCUUCUUCAACAGCCAAAGCUGUCAGGAUCUCUAAAGUUUCUUGGCCAUUUGUAUGCAGCAGAGGCGCUCAUCUCCCUAGACAAAAUCUCUGAUGCCAUUACUCACUUGAACCCUGAGAACGUCACUGAUGUUUCCCUGGGGAUCUCUUCAAAUGAGCAGGAUCAAGGGUCUGACAAAGGAGAAAAUGAGGCGAUGGAGUCUUCUGGCAAGCAGACACCUCAGUGUUAUCCUAGUUCAGUCACUUCUGCACGAACAAUGAUGUUGUUUAACCUGGGCAGUGCCUAUUGCUUGCGAAGUGAAUAUGACAAAGCUCGCAAGUGCCUCCAUCAGGCUGCUUCACUAAUUCAUCCUAAAGAGAUCCCUCCUGAGGCUAUUUUGCUGGCUGUGUAUCUUGAAUUACAAAAUGGUAACACACAGCUGGCAUUGCAGAUCAUCAAAAGAAACCAGCUUCUCCCCUCAGUGAAGACGCUCUCUGACCUGAGAAAGAAGCCAGUAUUCCAGCCCGUUCAUCCUAUCCAGCCCAUUCAGAUGCCAGCUUUUACCACUGUUCAAAGGAAGUGAAGUCUUGCUAGCUCAUGACUGGCCCAGUGGAGAAGGGCUUGGGAUUUUGUAUAUUUUUUUUAAAUUCAGCCACCUGAAUAGCAGGAAUAUUGGAGUGUGCUGGUUUAUGCAAGUUUUUAAUAAAACAUUUCAAAGUCUU